UUUGAAGCCAGAGCCAAAGCCGCCAUUAGCAGAAAUCGAGGGAUGAUUCCGUUUAUGACCUGAAUGACAACAAGCAGGAGAGCUUAGUUUUACUCCGAUAUUGAGGUGGACUAUCUUCGUGGCUAUGGCGUUUUCGGUGCGCCCGAGGGGCCCCGGGUCACAGCAUCGCUUUCCCCGCAACAGCUGCAGUGGAGGAGGGGGAGCUUCUCAACAUCGAGCCCACCCACUCUUCCGCCGUCGAGACCACGGAUCAAAGCUCCUGAGCAACCUCAAUGACCUCAGGGAGAAAGGAAAGUUCUGCGACGUUGAACUUGUUUUGGAUAGCAAGACAUUUUCUAGUCACAAGGCAGUUUUGGCUGCCAGUUGUCCCUACUUCGAAGCCAUGUUUAGCUCUGGCCUGUCAGAGGUCAACCAGAAGUCCGUGGAGAUCCGCGGAGUAAAUCCGUCGAUUUUCGAACAGCUGCUCAGUUUCAUAUAUAAAGGGGAAAUUCAUAUCACGCAGGAAAACUGCCAAGACCUGUUAUCCCCGGCUAACAUGCUAGGGCUUUCGGAUGUAGUGCAAGCGUGCUGUGAUUAUCUUCAGAGAGAGCUGCAUCCAUCUAACUGUGUUGGUAUCUUUCGCUUUGCCGAACUACAUUCAUGCACAAACCUUAAGUUGGAGGCUAAACGUUUCAUCGAGAGACGAUUCACAGAGGUCAUACUGGAGGACGAGUUCUACGACCUUCCAAAGGACACCAUCAAAAAUUUCCUCAAAAGUGAAGGACUCAGCAUUGACAGCGAAUUUCAGGUAUUUGAAGCGACCACCAAGUGGAUCCUGCGAAACGUCCGGGAACGGCGCAAACUGGUCUUCGAGCUGCUGGAAGCCAUUCGCUUUCCCGUUAUUUCUCAAAAGCAGCUGGACCUGUACAUGGAGAAAUGCCCCGAUGAAGGACUCAAAGAUGAUCUCCUCAAAGUCCUCAGUGACCUGAAACUGGACUCGAAAAUUCCUCCAGACAGCAGAACCAACCAGAUUCUGGACGUCCGGCAACAGCCCCGCAUGUGCACCCGCAAGUGCAUCUACCUCUUGGGAGGCUGCCAUCGGCACAUGGGCAUGAGGUUUGGCGAGGGUUACAGUCUUGCCUCGGCAGACAAACUGGACCUCUUUCGGAACAGUUGGUCCAGUCUAGCACCCAUGGCUCACACUAGGUCAGGUCCUGGUACAGCGGUCCUAAAUAAUCUCAUAUACGUUGUCGGAGGCGAAAGUGACUGCCUUAUUUUGGCCAGCGGAGAAGUGCUGGACCCGGUGGUCAACCAGUGGGCGAGCAUUGCCGACAUGGUACAGCCUCGUUGCAUGAUGGGGUUAUGUGCUCUGGACGGCUUUCUGUACGCCGUCGGAGGAUGGGUCGGUGCAGAACUGGGAGACACAGUGGAGAAGUACGAUCCGGUUUCGGACACGUGGCGGUUAUUAGUCAAGGGCAGGAUGACCUCGGGCCGUUACGCCAUGGGCGUGCUUGGACAUCAAGGCCUCAUCUACGUGAUUGGAGGUUACAAUGACCACAUGGAGCUCAACCUGGUGGAGUGCUUCAACCCCGUGACUCACGAGUGGACGACGCUGGCACCGCUCCGGACUAAACGCGCCUACGUCGGGGUCGGGGUCCUUCACGACCACAUCUAUGCCGUCGGAGGCAGCAACGAUCGGAAUACUGCUCUGGCGACGGUGGAACGGUACUCCAUAGAAGAGAACAAGUGGACAGAAAUUCUGCCGCUCAGCCUGGGCCGCGCGGGAGCCUCCGUGGUCGCCGCCAACGGCAGCAUCUACGUUAUGGGCGGACGCACGUCGAGCGGCGACCUUGGUCCGCCGCUGACGCUCGAGUCGGUUGAGGAGUACCACCCCGAGAUGAACGUCUGGACGCAGGCCUGCUCGAUGCCUCUCAGCCGCUGCUACGCCGGUGUCACGGUCAUCUAAUGACUCUUCAUCCUCCGACACAAAAAAAAAAAACAUCUUGCAGCACCUCAAGGACUCCAUUAUUUACAGUCUGCGUGACUGAGAGGGACAAAAGCGAGCCGUGAAAUGAAAAGGGAAAAAAGGAAAGCUGGGUGGGGAGGCGCAAAAUUAGCACGCGUGACCAUGUUCCGCAGAAAUUGAGCGGUUUUGUGAGAUGUGUGGCGAAGGUGGUAUAUUACAUAAUAAGUUUGCUUUCUU